CUGGUUCGUGGUUCUGUCCUGCAGGAGAGGAGAGACACGGCGGGACAGACAGACAGACAGACAGACAGACAGGAUGAUCAGUAGCACCGAUCAAUAACCGUCUCAAGCACCUGUGACGUCAUGUCCAAACAGAGGAGCUCUGCUAAAACUCUGAUCAUCACAGACGCAGAUGAGCAGCUGGAGGCCGAGGAGCUGAACCCGUUCUCCUUCAGAGAGUUUCUUCGCUGGAAGAGCCAGGACCAGGACCCAGAACAGGACCAGGACCAGGACCCAGAACAGGACCAGGACCCAGAACAGGACCAGGAGAGCGAGAGGUUAUUUGACGGCGGCUACGUGACCUUUGACCCCUCAGUCAGCUCUUUCUUCUCUGAUCCGUGUCCGGAGGAGGAUUGGGGGCGGAGCCUCCAGUGCGGUGUUGACAGCACCUCCUCCCUCUGCACCGAGGAGGAGGAGGAGGAGGAAGAGGAGGAGGAGAGGACCAGGUUCUCCUCCAAACCUGAAGUCCAGCCAGGAAGAGGAGGAGGAGGAGGAGGAGGAGGAGGAGGAGGAGGAGGAGGAAGAGGAGGAGGAGGAGGAGAGAACUAUGAAGGAGACGAUGAGACGUCUCUUUCUGUCUCUGAAGCCAGCAUCUCCUGCAGCCAGAUACAGCAGCUGCAGGAGGAGAACUUGUCUCUGAGGAGAUCUCUCAGGGAGCAGCAGAGGAGAUCAGAGGCUAACGAACGCAGGGUGCGGGAGCUGUCGGAGGAGCUGCUGCAGCGGAGGCGUCGGGAGGAGAAGGAGGCGCAGGACCUGGAGAGCAUGGUUCAGUCUGUGGAGCAGAACCUCAGCCUGAUGACGAAGCGAGCGGUGAAAGCAGAGACCUGUGUCUCCAAACUGAAGCUGGAUCUUCAGCAGCUGCAGGUGGAGGCUGACUCUCUGCGGUCGGAGAAUGACAGUCUGAAGGCAGCGGAGUCUGAGGUUGUCAUGACGAUGAGACGCAACGCUCAGGUAGCGUCAGAGUACCUGAACAAGACGGCGAGCCACGCCCACUCCUCCAUCCGCCGGCUGUUGGGGGAAGCAGAGACUCUGUGUCUCGUGUCUCAGCUGCUUCAGUCCAUCGAUAAGAUCUCCAACCUGGACCCAGAGUCCUGAAGUCCUGCACACGCUCAGACUGCUCCGGACCCGGUCCGGCUCGGUCCAACCCGGCCCGCUGGACGUCUCCACGGCAACACGUCUCCACGUCAACACGUCUCCAAGGCAACACGUCUCCACGUCAAACUGCGCAGGCGUCAACACGUGGCCCUGCUACAACAUGAAGCUGGAGACUGACUGUAGCUGCACUUUCUACUGACAAAUCACCAAGAAAUGCUUCUUAACCAAUGGGAUGGCUCCAUUUCUGAAAACUGUCCACGUGUCCUGUACCAUACGUCAUGCUAUUAGGACAAAGUAAAUAAGUUCCACAUGUCACCUGGACUACUCUGAACAACAUCUGCAGCCCCACCGUUAGCAUGUAGCUACAUGUAGCAUCUGUUGACGUUGACUCGUCCAGCGGGUGUGGUCUAGCAUCACCCUCAGACGGGGGACAUUUGUCCUCUCAGGCGCUUUAAUCUGAAAGUGAAGAUCCCGACCUUUGAUGACAUCACAGCAGGCGGAGGAAAUGCUGGCUGCUGAUUGGUCGGUUGGAUUGUAGCGAUGAGUGUUUUUUUGUAUUUAGUGUUAUUCAUUAAUCAACGCUGAUGUUCUGUUAGCUUAGCUUAGCAUAAACACUGCUGAUAUGAUGUAGAAACCAGAUUUAAACAUAUUAAUAUUUAUAUAAAUAAAUACUAAAGU